AUAACAAAUAUCUUGGAAACAAUGACUUGUUCUACUUUUUUAGUAAUGAACACAUUCACUUAUCUAAACCUAUCGACCAGUAUGAUACUUGUCAUGAUUCUUGUUAAUAUAAUCGUUUACGUGAUGAGGCAACUUCACGAAACAAGCCGUCCAUUGGUGAAGAAAAAGAGUAGUGCUAAGAAGCCUAAAUCACAAAAACAUAUAUGCCAUGAGUUUUCUUUUUCCGAGAUGCAAUUGGCAACAAAUGAUUUUGAUGAAUCGAUGAUCAUAGGCAAAGGUGGAUUUGGUAAGGUUUAUAAAGGUGUUUUACAAGACGGUGUCAGUACUCAAGUUGUUGCAAUCAAACGCUUGGAUUCUAUAUCCAAGCAAGGAGCCACUGAAUUCUGGACGGAAAUCAAGAUGCUAUCCAAGUGUCGACACAGCAAUCUAGUCUCUCUGAUUGGAUACUGUAAUGAGUUUAAUGAGAUGAUGGUUGUAUACGAGUAUAUCUCUAAUGGGGACCUCGCAGAACGCCUUUAUAAGGGGUCAAGUAAAAAGUCUCCUCUUUCUUGGAUGGAACGCCUCAAGAUAUGCAUUGGGGCUGCACGUGCAUUAGAUUACCUUCACACUGGCACAGGAGUCCGCUUCCGUAUCAUACAUAGGGAUGUCAAAACCUCAAAUAUACUGUUGGAUGAGAAUAUGGCAGCUAAGUUAUCUGAUCUAGGGGUAUCUAAGAUGGGUCCAGUUGAUCAGACGUAUACCCAUGUGAGCACAGAUGUCAAAGGUUCAUUCGGGUACUUUGAUCCAAAUUAUUUCUUGACCCGUAGAUUAACAAGAAAAUCUGAUGUAUACUCAUUUGGGGUGGUAUUGUUGGAAGUAUUAUGUGGAAGGCCUGCUCUUGAUCCAAAUCUUGGAGACAAUGAACUCGGUUUAGUUGGUUGGGCCCAACAAUUCAUCAAAGAAAGCACAGUGCACCAUAUUAUUGAUCCAUACCUGAUGACACUAACCCAUUGUUCAAGGGUGAGGGGUCAAAUCAUGCCUGAUUGCUUGAAAGCAUUUGUAGAACUUGCUGACAAAUGCUUACAGACUCGACCAAAGGAACGCCCUACUAUGAGUGAGGUUGUAGUAGCACUUGAGACUGCAGUACAACUACAACAGAGAGGAGACUAUGUCGUAAUGUGUAGUGGUUAUGACCAUCAAGAUCAGGCGAAUUCCAAUUCCGGCAGAAAGUCCAGAAAUAUAACAUUAUCAAGAAUGCUACGAAACCUGUUGCCAGUAAAAAGUUCUCUUACACCUGUCAUGGGUGAUGCAGACUCAUUAGAAAAGAAGAAAAGUGAUAAACGGUUUGUUCCCGGCACCUUUUCAAACACAGAAGUUCUACCAAGCGAAGGUGAUACGUACCAAGAAUUUGAUGUUUCAGACUCAAGUUUGAAAUUAUUUAGUUUGGAUGAACUUAAACAUGCAACUAGGAACUUUAGUGACGAUAUGGUGGUGGGUGAGGGAGCCUUUGGGAAGGUUUUUGAAGGUUGGGUUGAGGAGGAAACAUAUGCACCAUCUAAGGUUGGCUAUGGGAUUCCUGUUGCUGUUAAAAAACUUGACCCUGAUAGUAUGCAAGGAGUUGAAGAAUGGCAGUCAGAGGUGAAAUUUUUAAGCAAAUUGGGCCAUCCAAAUAUAGUCAAGUUGUUGGGAUACUGCUCAGAAGAUAAAGACCUACUCCUCGUCUAUGAGUUUCUACAUGGAAGCCUAGAAAAUUACGUUUUGAAAAGUAACAUAUUUCCGACGAAUGCAGAAGGAUUUGGACUAACACUUUCUUGGUCAAUGCGGGUCAAAAUCAUGAUGGGAACGGCUCAAGGCAUUGCCUUUUUGCACAGUAAAGAGAACCAAAUCAUAUUCCGUGAUUUGAAGGCUUCUAACAUAUUGCUUGAUAAGGAUUUCAAUGCAAAAAUAGCUGAUUUUGGGUUAGCAAGGCAUGGUCCAAUAAACGGUGAGACACAAGUUUGUACGCAGGUAAUGGGUACGUAUGGGUAUGCAGCUCCAGAGUAUGUAGCAACAGGUCAUUUGAAUGGGAAAAAUGACAUAUAUGCUUUUGGAGUGGUAUUAUUGGAAACACUUACAGGACUACAUGUUCUUGACAAAACGCGUCCCGUCAAGGAGCAAAAUCUUGUGGAAUGGAUGAGGCCAAUGUUAUCUAACAAAGAAAAGGUCAAGACUAUAGUAGACUCAAGUCUUUAUCAAGACUAUCCGCCAGAAGCAGCAUACCGGUAUGCUCAACUUAUUCUGAAAUGUACUCAAGCUGAACCAAAAGAUAGGCCGUCUAUUGAACAAGUGUUGCAAAGCUUAGAUCAAAUUAGUGGUAUAAAAAAGAAAUUGUUCAAAAGGAGAGGUUAAAUAUCAUAUGACUUGAUUUAUGCCAACUUAGUUAUAUAAGACUAUCUCCAAUGGGGAUGUUUUUGGGCGCCCUUGGGUGCCCUUGGAUAUCCUUUGCGGUUGAAGCUUGUCCAAAA